GUCUCUGCGGGUACAACUUCUAAUACCACGCCUAAUGAAGUGGCCGCAAUUUCGAAUUGACUCUACGCUUUCACACCCCCUAUUAGUGUCGUUGGUGGCCUGUACUAUUAGCACGAAACUCUCCAGAUCAUUCCGACCGCAAGAUAGUACUAGUAUUGUUCAGAGAGCGGCUUGUACGGCGCACAAUAUGGCGGACCUAGAGAAAUCCGACACCGACGCCCGGAUCUCGAUACCCGACCAACUCGCGUACUGGGCCCAGAUCAGUGCCGAUGACAAUGGCAUGCUGGGCGGCUAUCCGCAAAUCUCACGGAUCGACAUACAAUUUUCCAGGACUUUUCUGCGCAAGUUACAGCGUAUGUACCCCGACAAGAGCCAGGAGCGAGGGGCGACGACGACGACGACGACAAAAUACGCGUUUCGACAUUGUCUGGAAACUGGGGCAGGGAUCGGGCGGGUGACGUUCAAUUUGUUGUCGUCCAUGUGUGAGAAGAUUGAUGUUAUUGAACCGAUUGAGAAGUUCACGGCCAUGUUGACGGCGAAGGAUUCGCCACUCGUUAAGGCGGGACAGUUGAGGCGCGUGUGGAACGUGCCUCUGCAGGAAUGGACGGCGGACUCGGUUCCUUCGUACGAGUACUGCGGCGACGAGCGCGGCGUGGAUAUGGAUGCGGAUGCGGAUGUGGAUGUGGACCGUGAUCAUCAUCCCAAUCCAAGUGAGGAGCAGCAGCAGCAGCAGCAGAUCGGUUCAACCGUGAAGGCAAACGCAAACGCAAAUACCAGGGGUAAAAGUCACGACGCGGAAAGAGAAGAAAAUCGACAAGGAGAGCAGGGGGGUCGACGUUACGAUCUGAUCUACAACCAAUGGUGCCUCAACCACCUGACGUUUGCAAGCCUGGUUCAAUUCUUCCGCAGUCUGAUCCCGCUGUUGGCCAAGGGUGGCUGGAUCAUCGUCAAGGAGAAUCUGUCGACCGAGGCAUCGGGCGCGGAUACGUUCUGGGAAGAGGAUAGUAGCGUGGCGCGCAGCGAUCGGAAUUGGAGGGCGAGUUUUGAAAGGGCCGGGCUGAAGGUGGUUUGGACGCAGUUGCAGACGGGCUUUCCGAAGUCGUUGGGCUUGUUGCCUGUGAGGAUGUAUGCGUUGAGACCGCUGGAAGGGAGGGGGCUGAAGGGACCGUAGGGAUCGUAGGGGCCGCGGGAGAACAGAAAGGGGGUAGGGUAGGCCGGCGGGACAGACAGACAGAGGGAGAGACGGAGGGCCGACUUUCUCCUCCCAAUAGGAUUUGGUGAUUGGCAGAAGGGAAGGCAUUGGGGGUGGGUGCCGGAAGACAGGGAGGGAGGUGCGAGGAUCCGUGAGUGGCGUGGAGCAUUGUUGAACAUAAGGGUUUAUGAGGCAUUUCUGUGUACAUGAGCAUUAUUGAACAUAAGGGUUCAUGGGGCAUUGGUGCGUACGUUGGCAUUAUUGAACAUAAGAGUGUAUUGGACAUGGGGGUUUCAUUGGGGUGCAUUGUAUGUACUUGCGAAGUUUGUCGACGAGGCGAACUACCCAUCGACCCAUCCAUGAAGACGGCAAGACACUGUGUGUGUCUGACGACCGUUGUGGACCAGUUGUUCGUCUCAAUGCUUGGGUGGAAGAUUUCGCUGUCGUACAGAGUACAGAGGUCA